CUGGUGCUCUUCGAUGGAGAAACUGAGAAAAGCCGUGAAUGAAAUAGCGUAUACUCAACACCACGCUAAGCUCUCUCAUCUCCAACUCUCUCUAAUCCCCAUUCUCUUCUUCGCCUCCUCCCUCUACUCCGCCGCUCUCUCUCUCCGCCGCGCUCUCUACCGUUCCGGCCUCAUAACAGAGCACCGGUUGCCGGUGCCGGUGAUCAGUGUUGGGAAUUUGACAUGGGGAGGCAAUGGGAAGACUCCAAUGGUGGAGUUCAUUGCGAAUUACUUAGCUGAUUCUGGGAUUUCGCCUCUCAUUCUUACAAGGGGUUAUGCUGGUGGGGAUGAGGCCAAGAUGCUUUAUAGGCAUUUUCUUGGAAGGCCUGUGAAGAUUGGUGUGGGUGCAAAACGAGCAGCUGUUGCUGCUCAUUUUUUCGAAAGAUAUGGUUAUGUUGAUCCUUGCUCAAGUAAACACUCUGAGGGACUCUGCCAUGGUGAGAAAGUGGGGAGUUGUCUUAGCUCAGAAAAGAUUGGCACCGUAAUUCUUGAUGAUGGAAUGCAGCACUGGAGCUUGCAGCGAAAUCUGGAGAUUGUUAUGAUUAAUGCAUUAACAUUAUGGGGCAACUGUCACUUAAUCCCACGUGGACCAUUGAGGGAACCUCUCAAUGCGCUUAGACGGGCAGAUGUUGUUGUACUCCAUCAUGCAGAUUUGGUUUCAAAACAGAAUCUUGAAGAAACUGACUUAAUGCUAAGAGAAGUUAACAAGUCUGUUCCUGUUUUCUUCACGAAAAUGGAUCCCUGUUAUUUCUUCAACGUGGGAAAUGCCACCUCCAGAAAACCUGUAGAAGAUUUGUCUAACACUAUUGUAUUAUGUGUUUCUGCCAUUGGUUCUGCAAAUGCAUUUGCAAAGGGAAUAGAGAAGAUUGGAGCUUUUUAUGUUGAUCGACUUGAAUUCAGUGACCACCACAAAUUUCUGGCAAAGGAUAUUGAGAUGAUCAAAAGGAGGCUACGAGAACUGGAGGACAGGUUUAGUUCCAAGCCGGUUGUUAUAGUAACAGAAAAGGAUUAUGAUCGAGACCCAAAUAUUUUCAAGCACUUGGAUCCUUAUGAAGUUCUGUCACUCUGUUCCAAAUUGAAGAUCAUACCUAACAGAGGAUGCACUGAAGAUAGCUUCAAAAAGAUGUUGGAGGUUUGCAGGUGAAUUACAACAUGUGAACUCAAGUUAAGGAAGUCCAAGUCAUACUGGCAAAACUAACUAGAAUGCAGAUAAAUUUGAUUGGUCAUGUAAGUAAAUCAGGUAUUAAAUUGAUAUUCCUAUCAGUUCUUGACCUUGUUGUUAAUAGUCUAAAUUGUUCUAUAGUGGUGCAAUAUCUUUCUAAAAUAUUUGAAACUUAGAACUUGGAUGAUUUAAUAUUCAGUGGCUUGCAUUAGGAUUGAUGAAAGUCAGAAAGGGAUAUACAUUUCUUUUAUUCGAACAGAUAAGUCGAUGCGUUUUUGUAUAGGACUUCAUUUUGUUAUUUGUAACAGGACACUUCUUUGUGGAAUCACCAAAAUUGGGACCCAAAGAUGUGGCCUUUGGCAAUAAUGCCAUAUUUAAAUGUGCCCCUUUAUUUGGUAAACAUGUAAGCAUCAGCCCAGAUGAAUUCUAGGCAUUUCGCUUCGUCACUUGUCCUCAGGGCCAGCCCUGUGUUAGUCGAGACCGUCGAGACCCAAGAUGUAAAAGUUAAAAAUUAAUUUUCAUGAAAAGUUUUAUUAACCAAUUAAUUGAAAUUCAAGAGCCAAACAUUCAUAAUGAAAAGAAGUUAAUCAUUUUUAUGUUAACAAGUUAAUUGAAUGUCAAAUUGAACUCACAAA